AUGCGCACAAGAGGAGUACUCCACCGGGAGCAAGUGAAACUAACGACUCGUGUAAGGCCCAGCUCCCAGAAAAGUGGGACCAGGGUGAUGACGACCAUUGUGAUGAGAGAUAGAAGCAAGAACAGAAAACCCCUACAGAAGGGGAGAAAUCUCAGCAUCGAGGCUAUUCAGACUGUUCAAGCAUUGAAGCGGGCUGCCAUACACUCUGAGAGAUCUUUGGAGCAAGUAUUUGAUGACAAAUUCAGACGUUUAUUGAAGUUUGAUAUGAUUGCUGUUCUUCGUGAACUCCUUCGCCAGAAUCAAUGUCUUCUGGCAGUCCAGGUUUUUGAGGAUGUCCGGAAAGAGGACUGGUAUAAGCCUCAGUUGUUGCUCUAUGCUGAAUUGGUUACAGUUUUGGGGCGCAAUGGAUUUCUCGAGAACGUGGGGUUGGUUAUCCGUGCUCUAAAAGGCGAAGACAAUAUAAAUGCAGCAGAUCUUGAGGGCUUUAAUGCAUUGCUGGAAAGUUUGAUGGAUUUAAAUCUCACUGGAUUGGCGAUGGAGUGCUUUUACUUGAUGAAAUCAUUCUCGUGCGACCCAGAUAGACGGUCGUUUAAAAUCCUAAUAGAUGGUCUUAAAUUAAAUGGAGAAUCGAGCCUUUUGGAUGUUGUCCACAAGGAUGCCAAAAAAUGUUAUGGGAAUUUUGUAGAUUUCCUAGAGGAAGAAACUGAGGUGAGCACAUAA